AGGGAGAGAGAGAGAACUUGUGACAGUGGCCGUGGUUUGCGUUGAAAAAGGUGCAAAAGCAUCCGAACUUUUCGGGUGUAUUAUAAUGAAAAAUAAAGCUGCCGAAUGCAGCAGUGGUGCCAAGAAGCGCAAGAAUAAGGUCACAACGACAAAAGGGCAACAUCAACCACCCAAGGAAACGUCCAAAAGUGAAGAGAGCAGCAUAAAUGGCCAUGACAGUAAGCCAGAGCAGCGACCGUUCAAAUGCGAAAUGUGCUCCCGGACAUUCAAUAUGCGCCAAGCGCUGACGACUCACAUGCGCCUCCAUCGGUUGGAGGUGGAGGAAGCCCAGGAUGAGGGUGACAUGAAGGAUGUUGUGGAUUUUGAGACACUAAUCGAUGAGACACGCUCAAGUGAUUCCGGCUCCCUGACACGUGCCCCACGGGCAGGAAGUAAGCGAAAAGCACCGUAAAGCAGUAUCUGAAAAACAAAAGAAAAACGAAGCAGGCGAUGAUGAAUUUUGUUUGUCCGCAAACGCGCAUGGAAAAGACUGGAUGAGAGAUCUUCGACGAUGACGAAAACAAAAAAUUAUGCAUCUUAACAACACUUAUUUUCCUAUAUUGACAAUUUAUUUAUUGAGAGAAUAUUUGUGAGAAAAUGUAUACUAAUUUAGUGAUUCCUUUA